GCGAAGUCACGUACGAAUGAAAGAUUGUGGUACGCGAAUCGAUAACAGUAAGAAAGCGACAAGCAAAAAGGAAGCGUUACGUUUCUGUAUUGUCUAAUACUGUCAUAAAAAAUCAGCAGACUUGUUUAUUAAAUACCGGCAUGCACUGUGAUUUUUUGUGAAUAAUAAAUUAAAUUAUUAUAUUUUCAAAACAGAAUCACUUGUCGAUAAGAAAUUGCACGAAUUUGUCUAUAAUGCAAAGUGUUAUAAAUUCUGUAAAAGGUACAGCAUUGGGUGUCGCAGAAUACUUAACCCCUGUGUUAAAGGAAAGUAAGUUCAGAGAAACAGGUGUAUUAACACCAGAAGAAUUUGUAGCUGCUGGUGAUCAUCUUGUACAUCAUUGCCCUACUUGGCAAUGGGCUACAGGUGAUGAAGACAGAGCAAAGUCAUAUUUGCCAAAAGAAAAACAAUUCUUACUUACUCGCAAUGUUCCUUGUACACGCAGAUGUAAACAGAUUGAGUACAGCAAAGAACAAGAAUGUAUUAUAGAAGCUGAUGAUCCUGAAGGUGGAUGGGUUGACACUCAUCACUUUGAUACAACUUUUGGUGGUAUAGAUGACAGAGUAACUGAAAUGACAUUAGAAGAAAAUCAACCAAUUCAAUCAUUAGAUGAAAAUGAUUCUUGUGAAGGUGAUGAAGAUGAUGAAGAAGCUGCUGAUAUGGAAGCAUUUGAAAUAAGUGGCAUGCUUGAUGAACAAGACAAGUUUACUGCUGAGACCUCAAAAAAGACUGCAAAAGAGAAAACAGAAUUGUUUUCUGAAGGAGAAAUUAUUCAUACACGCACCUAUGAUUUAUACAUUACCUAUGAUAAAUAUUACCAAACACCUCGAUUGUGGCUUUGUGGUUAUGAUGAGAAUCGAAAACCACUUACAGUAGAAAAAAUGUAUGAAGAUGUUAGUCAAGAUCAUGCUAAAAAAACUGUUACAAUGGAAAUACAUCCUCAUUUGCCUGGACCACCGAUGGCUUCUGUUCAUCCAUGCAGACAUGCUGAGGUAAUGAAGAAAAUUGUAGAAACAGUAAUGGAGGGUGGCCGGGAGCUUGGUGUCCACAUGUAUCUCAUAAUAUUUUUAAAAUUCGUACAAUCUGUUAUACCUACGAUUGAAUAUGAUUAUACCCAAAAUUUUAUGCUAACAGCAUAAACAUACAUAACUAGUUAAGUGUAUUACAAACUUAUAAAUAUGGCUAUGUAAUGCAAACGUAUAUACGUCAAUGUCAAUUAUGAUUAUACUUGACUUAAUGAAUCUACUUGCACAUAAGUAAUCAUAAUUGGAAUUCUUUAUAUACGUAUCAAACUUGAUGUAUGUUCAUCUUAAAAAAUGUUUAAUGUUAUACAUUUUAAAAGCCUGCUAUUGUAUUAUUUUUCUAUAAGAAAUACUCACGAUUGCUUUGUAAUAUGUAAUUCUUUGUACACUUUGUACAUCCAUUGUUGGAUAUAAUUGAUUAUGCCAAUUUAGAAUUCUUUCUUCAUGUUCGUCUUUGUCAGCUGAUGAAAAACUAUGUAAUCUAUUUACUCCACCAUUGGAGAAGUUCUUUAUUUGGCAUUGUAAUUGGAUGAAUUAAAUAAAAAUUGAAUAAAUUUU